AUGGCUGAUGGUGGCUCAUCAACAGAAACAGAAGAUGCUGGUCACUACUGUGCUUCAGCUCCAAGGAAAAGGAAGAAACCGGGCUGUAAGAAAGACAGCUCAAAGGUAAAGCAGAAGACCACAGGUGAGGAUGCCAGAUGGCCCAGUUUCUUGGUGAAGUUUGAAGGCAAGAUCGCCAGUUGCAGGAGGUCUGGAAGUGGAUGCUGUUUUUGCCGUCAUCAGUGUUUGGUAAGAGCUGAGCCGCUUUUGGAUGAAAUCAAAUCCUGGAGAGAAAAUUUGUUGUCAGUUGCGCCUGAAGUUGCUGACCGUGAACUUUUGUGGAUCUUCCAGUCAUCUCAAACAGCAGCUGCUGAACGUCAAGCAAAGCAAGUCAAGCAGAACAGGACUGCACAGGUUCUUGAUUAUGAAGAAGAAGGCUCAACUACUGAGACAGAAAAUGAUGAAGAAACACAAGAUCAGAAGUCAGUGGCAGCUUCUACCAACACAUCAUCUCCAAGUGCUGAGAGUGAUGGGGAGAGUUCCGAUGUCCUUGACAUGUCUGAGCCUGCUGCUUCUUCGAGCAAACCAAUGCCGCUGUCAAGAAAUCAUUAUGCCCAAAGGUUUGGAGCAAAACAGCCAACUGUCAAGUUGAACACAUUUGUGAAAGGUGCUGACAAAUCAACUGUGAUCUGUCAGCAAGCUGCUGUUUUGCACGGCCUGCCAGAUCACCGCAAGAGGCAAUUCAGAGUGGCCAAGCAGGACACUGCAGCCUUUGAUCUAUGCACCAGAUUUUUGCAGCUUCGAUAUCACAAUGAAGGUGAACGCCUGCCUGACAAGUUUGUUUUUCAAGGUGCUUUGAAAGACAGGUCUUUGAUGAUUGGGUCAACUGCUGAUCGUCUGCAAAAGCUGGUGGCAGGAGACAGUGAUGAGUUGUCAGAUGACAGUCAAUUAUCGAAAGAUGAACUGGAUGAGAUAGAUGACAGAGCUUUGAGUGCGAUGGCAAUCCAGUCCCUGGUCAUGAGUGCGCCUUUUCACCAAAGUUUGACCGGGCCUGGCGUAGCUCCAGGCCCCCGCCGUUGGCUUGGAGUGAUGAAGCCAAUCAACAUGUUUGAGAUGCUUAGGCUUUGGUGUGCACAGGCCAACUUCCAAGCGCCAAGUUUUACUACAUUCUUGCGAGCCCUGAAAGCAGCACGGCCGUGGCUGUCAUUCCGCAAAAGUGCGGGGCAGCAUGGGCUUUGCGAUUCGUGUUUGCAUUACAAGAGGGAACUCAAGAAACAACUCCACCUGGCAGUCCGCCACCAGCUGCUCGAAGAGUACUCAUCUCAUUUAUUGUUGAAUUGGAGAGACCGGGCUGCAGAUGGUGCAUGGCAUGGUCAAUGUGUCCAAACCCGUCAAAUGCUCCUUGCAGGCAGAUCAAGUUUACAGUUGUUGGAGCAAUCAGUACUGCUACUGAGAUCUGACGGCCUUGACCAGGCCAAACAUAAGGUCCCAAGAACAUUGAUCCACUCCAAGAGCUUUGAAGAGAUUAUCAGACCUGCGAUGCACUGCCAGAUGAUUUGGGCUCAUUGUUGGGGAUUCCAAUUCGCGAUUUCAGACCCGGAUGUCAGAAAAGACAGUUGUACCCACAUGGAGGUGGUUGCCAGAUGCCUGUCGAAGAUUGUGGAUGCCAGUGGCGCGUUGCCUCGUCAGUUGUAUGUUGUGCUUGACAACGCAAGCAAAGACAACAAGAAUGGAAAGAUGCUUUGCUUCUGGAUCAAGUUGUGUUUGAUGAGAGUUUUUGAAUCAAUAUACGUUGCCUUCCCCAUCAAGGGGCACACCCACGGGCCUCUUGACGGGGUGGGCGGGCACGCAGUCACUCGUUGCUCCACCCAGACUUUUGACUCGGCUGCUGAGCUGAUCUCUGUCUAUCAGACAUUUUUGGACCAAGCUGAAUUCGAACAAGGUACAGUAUUCAAGGAAGCAUACAAACAGGAUACCUCGGCAGAUUGGUUGGGUUGGCUUGGCGACAUCAAUCUCACGUUCAAAGUACUGACCGGCCCAAAAGCUCCACACGGGUUUCGAAUCUUGUGGAGAAAGGCACUGACAGCGGCGGAGAACACAAUGUCCCACAAGUCGCUCAACGCAUUGAAGAGCAAUGAUCCAAAUGACUUGAUGCUAGCAGUUCACCAGCACAUGUCAGAUGCCAGACCUUAUCAGGUGGUGAUGUUGAUGCCAGUUGCACAGGUACAAAGGGUAAUGCACAGCUUGACUAUUCAGCCCAGUGGCCAGCGCAGCCGAAAAUCAAUCAGCUGGGAGGAUCGCAAGCAAGUACGGGCGAAGGCUAUCACUGGGUGCGAGAAAGGUGCAAUCUCUGAAGUCGCUCGUGACUUUCUAGUUGGGUGGAUUGAGGGGACCCUCAGACGAGAGCCUCGGCCAGCUGAGUACUCAUGCCUGAAGCACCGGUUUGACGCAAUGUCAACUGUUGGGGAUAUGCCACGAAAUCCACACCAUCAUGCGUGCCCUCGCCCAAUCACUGUUAUGCACACCGCAAAUGGUGAAGAUCUUGAAGUGCCUCUGCCUUGA